GUCGUCAUGCGCUAGGGAAAGACUCCGAUUUCUCGCCAACAGUGUCAAACGGCAGACGUUCUCCGCAUUUCAGGUGGCCGAUCGCGCAUUCCAAUCAGCGAUCCAAAUCCUAACUCCGCCAUAUCCACCAUAUAUGCUCUGUUCAACAACGUAAGAGGUUUCCGAGCCACGAUCCGGAUGCCUAGAACGUACGCUGAAUGGCAACCGUUUUAGGGGAAAUGUCACAUGAAAACCGUAGCAAGAAUGGCACGUCUAAAAAGCCGUCUCGUCAGCGCCCGCUACCUCCGGAUGUAAUGGCUCGAAACUUGGCGAUUGAGAAGCAGCGUCGAGAAGCGCUCAACGAAAACUUCUUGGAUUUGGCUCGCUUGGUACCAGCUCUAGCCUAUGCACGGCGGCUAUCAAAGGGGCGCAUCAUAUGCGAAAGUAUCCGACAUUUCCGACAUCAGCGCGAGAUGUGCAUAGCUGCAGCUCAGGGCGUGCAAGACUUGCUUGCGGAAAACGAUCGACUGGUUUCAGAAGUCAACGCACUGCGUGCCCAGCUUGGGGAAACGAUACUCCCUCCUCGGGAACCCAUGCCAGCAACCGAGGCGAUGAUAGAAUUAAUGGCUGUCAAAGACGAAGUUUAUGGAGAAUUUCCCGCUGGAUUUGGCGAUAAUUGGGCAUACAGCCCACAAGAAGCACAUUACAACCCAGCUCCCGCUGAGAUUGGGGGCAGGAUACCGUCGCCUAAUGAGAUGCUUACAAAUUCGGAUCCACCAUGUCAUACACAGCAAUCUAGUCAGAGUGGUUCGAAUCUGUUAUACCAUGGGGCAUCUCCUACGAUGCUUUCAUUAGAACAUUGCGAGCUUGAUUCAGCGAGAUCUGUUCCGUGCUGGGAUGGUCAGUCUUUGCAUACUAUCAAUCCUCUCGUGAAUCCGUUCACAUAUGCUCCUGUUUCGACAGGGCAACUCAUGUCGACAGAAACGUUGCAAAGUUUUCCUGAAACGAUGGCAACGUCCAUAGAUCCCACCGCUCUCUUUUGGACCCAAGGCGCUGAGUUGGGAAUUAAUAAGACCAACGACUGCAUUACUUCUGCUAUCUGGCAAUACUAAAGAUCAAAAUUUUUCUGAACAGUUUGACUUUUAACUACGCUUACAAUAUUCCU